UGAGUCAGACGCAACCCACACAAAUGUCCGUCCACUCACCCGACAGUUAGUCAGUUAGUUCUGCUGCCUGGCGUGCAGUGAGUGCAUGACAUUGUAGCCGUCCUUGUGCUGCAGUAGAUACAUGGCCACGGCAUGAACAGGGUUGGGUGGCCGGUCCCGCUGCACCACCUCCAGUGCAGGGGUCAGCACGGGCAGCACUGUAGCGUGCAGAUACUCGCGAGCUGGCAGUGCCCGCAGCUCCUCGUGCGUGAGCCGCCGUGGCCUCAACUCCCUGCACCACACGACAGGCACGCACAAAAGGCGUCAUGUCAUCAAUGGUGGGGGUCCAACACACAGUAAACAGUAAGUACUCGGCCGUCGCCUCUGUGGAUGGCGCGGUCGUGUCUUCCACGGGCUUGGCUGUGGCCUCCCGCGCUGCAUUGAUGCGUCGCAUCCGCUCGGCAUCUGCAGCACGGAUGGCCUGACAGAACGAACAGAAAGGAAUGUCAUGUCUGGUCUCCAUCCAUCCUUCCAUCCAUCCAUAUGUACGUAUGUAUGUAUGUAUGGAUGUAUGUAUGUGUCUCGAUUUGCCGCGCAGCUGACCUUGUACAAGGUGUCCGGCUCGCUGAUCAUCUGCACAGGGUCGAGGACAAUAAUGCGGUGGCCGAACUCGUCCUCAUUCGACAGCAACUCGCCCUGGUCAGGUCACAAACAGCCACAUUUGUCUGCCUGUCUGCCUGUCUGUCUGUCUGUCUGUCUGCCAUCCGUCCACACACACAUACCUUCACGACGUCUCGUAUCUUGAGAGGGAUGAAGGGACGCGAUAAGCUGCACAUCAACGGGCGCACCACGGGCAGUUGAUGCUUGUGUAGAUAGUUUCCCGCAGUCCUUACAUACCUGCCGCCGACGGGGUCGUCUGCGAGGACAAAGAUGUGGUGGCUGGUGGGGUCUCCGCGAUCGACGAGCAUGAGCCGCACGGGGCCCUUGUCGACGAGACCGACGGCAUUGCCGCUGUACAGGUACUGACUCUGCACCAAUGUGUAAGUAAAUGAGAGACAUGCCAUCCGAAUCUAUGUGUCUCUCAUGCUUUCAGAGCACGGCCCACCUGUUCUUCCUCCUUCAUGACAGCACCACUGGGUGGCCGCCCCAACAGCUGAUGCACCAGCCCAACAUAGCCCUCGUGCAGCCCUCGAAAUGUGACAUUCGCAUUCUUGAAGGAGAUCUUCAGCGGAAUCGUCUCCUCUGUGGCCCCCUUCUCCUCUGUGGCCUCCGCCGCCUCCUGCGCUUCCCCAGCGGUUUUUUCGCCUUCAUCCCCGUUGCCGUCCUCCUCCUCCUCAGCCUCUUCCUCCUCUGCUACAUCUUGGUCGGCGUCUCCCGCCGGCUGGUCCUCGAGGGGUGACGGCGGGCGGUGCGAUGUGUCCAUAUAGCCCAGUCGAUGGCUCGGCAGCUGCAGAUCUCGGGCGCCCUUCUCGCCAUUGAACUUCACCUGCACAGACAGGCAGGGUACGCUACAAGUUCCUUGCCCCCCGCGAGCUAAUCGACCGACGCUUUGAUGGAUGUCUGUCUCACCAGUUUGGUGCGAUUGUUGCCGUCGAAGCAAGGGUGCCUGCCUUCGCAGAAUGCUUGCAACUCGUUUGCAGCCGCCUCGAGCCAGUAGAGGGCAACCGCUUCGGGUGUCUUGGUGGAGUCGCCGGUGGUCUCCUGCUCGUCUGGCUCUCGGUGGGCCUCCUCGCUGCUGUGCAGCACAACUGAUGGAUGGAUGGAUGGAUGGAUGGGUGAGUGACAAAGGCUUCAUGCUGCGUGUGGUGUCUCUCAUUCUCACUUGCAAAGUCCCGUUUGUCCUUCACCAGCUGAACGAGCAGAGUCCAGAAGCCAGGCAGAAGCGACCACACGCCGGUCUUGAUACGCGACACAUAGUCCCUGAUGGGCUCGGCCUCCCGUCCCUCCUCCUCCCCCUCCCUCUCAGCCAGCGGGUACGAUGUGAAAUCCACCUUCUCAAUGUCCAUGGCCUUCCUCAAGUUCAGCGGCACCAUCAGCCCUUUGAGAAAGGCGUCCCCGGCGGCCUUGGCCUUCUCACCGGGCUGCUUCUUCUGAGUGAUGGUCUCGAGCAUGGACGCCAUCUCUUGCCGCUCGGGGGCCUCUUCGGCGGCCUCUGCAAUGCCUGGGAAGCGGUGCAGCUGCAGGAAGGUUGAGUAGGUGAUGAGACGGUCGUCGUCUUUUGGGGGAGAGAGGGAGGGGACGGGAGAGGCCAACACCCAGUCGCCCGUCUGGGGGUCAAGAGUGCCCCAUACCUGCAGAUAGACCAGUCAGUACACCAUGACAUCGACACACAGAGAGAACGCAUGCCGUGCAGAUUCAAUGAGAGCAGUGCCACUUCAUGCAUGUGCCCCUCCUUUUUCGUGACGUUGUCUCACCGUCUCGCUGAGGCAUCUGUUGAUCCAUCCCUCCACGCCUCUCUCGCCGCACAGGGGGCGGAAGUACAGCACUCGGUCCAGGUCGAUAUGCAGAAUCAACCGCGGUCGCUGCUCCUCGGCAAGGGCUGGUGGGGCCGCACUCUCCUGGCCGUCUUGCAAUGUGGUCAUCACUCAGGAUCAGCACACAAGCAGCAGAGUCAAG